ACUCGACUCCACGUUAUGUGGCGCCUACGUCGCUUCUGGUUGGUGGAAUUUUGUGCUUACAACAAGGAUGAGGGCGUGGCUUAACGCGAAACACUUCGAGGAACGUCCUCGCGCGAAGGAAUGCUUUAAAUUAUACAUAAACCGGAACCCUAUUAGCGAGUCUGUGUCGGUUUUCUUCGUUUAUAUUUAACAAUCGUUCGUAUAUAAAAUAUUUUUUUCGUGUUCAGUCGAAGCAGAUCUCCCAUGCAGUUUAACCUUUCAAUCUGAUCAGAGCUAACAGCACAAAGCCUGUCCCAGCGCUGCUUUCUCAACGUUUAUUGAGAAAACUGUUGCCACGAUCGGGCUGACGUGAUCGAUCAUGAUCACCAUUCACAUCAGCCGUGUGAUGUAGUUUGUGCUCAUAUACCUCGGCACACGCGAAACUGGGGAACACCUUCAAGCUGAUUGUCUAAACAAAAGCUAACGAGCAGCAAAGGCAGCCUGUAAUAAAGGUGAAGACAAUCAGAGGUGACAACACAAGUGUCUCCUUAUAAGUUUAUUUUCCCGGGGAGUGAAUCGUCUGUACGACGUCACCAAUGCGACCAUGGGAAAUAGCAGUCAAUAGGCGGCCACCAACUGCCCCUUUAAAUCAGAGGAGGUUUCCCGGAGAGCCCUGUAACACACCUGUGCAUCUCAGGAGAAGCCCGCCACUGAGACGCCAGUGGGUGGGGAGAGAUAGGCCUGCACUUCACGGUUCCCUGAUCCAGGAUGAGAACUUCCACCGCCUGCUCUUCUCCCAGCAUCAGCAUCAGCAGCAGCAGCAGCAGCAGCAGCAUCCACAGGUUCCUUUAGAUGAGUCGAGACAUUACAACCACGCCAGCGCACCGCCACGCAUGCUCCACGCUGCCGCCCACCUGCCUCAGCAGAGCCCCAUCAUGGUGGAUCUACAUGACCAGAUGCACCAGGGAUCUGUACCAAUAUCAUACACCAUUACCACGGUGACGACCCACGGCUUCCCCAUCCACGCCGGGCCCCCCCUCGCUGGGUGCAACACGCAGCAGCUCCCAGCAUGCUCGGUAAUGUUCAGCGGACAGCUCUCUCUGCUCUGCUGCCUUCCUCCUCCACUCCUUCAGGCCUGCACCAUGCAGCACAUGCCAGUGUCUUACCAAGCCUUCCCGCCCCUCAUCUCCAGCGAGCAUUUUAUACUGCACCCCAGUCCAUCUGUGCCCCCCCACCCUCAGCACCAGACGCACCUUACUCCCCUGAGCCAGUUCGUCCCUUUACAGCCUCAGCACCCACGCAUGCCUCUGCAGAGGAUGGAGAACGAAGUGGAUCUCCGAGGAGAGCAGCACGCACUGGGGACCUUCCCGUACCCACCGUCCCACCACCCUCCAGCAAUGCCGCCUUCAAUCCCCCUUCCUUACCUUCCUCAAGAGCCCCUUCACCAAGAGCUGUCCUUUGGAGUGCCAUUUCCCCACAUGCUUCCCCGGCGAGUGAGCGGGCAGAGAUACCGGUUACAGCAGGCUCCGCCCGCCCCCCCACCACCACCCUCCUACUACCCAGGCUUCCUCCCCUACUUCCUGUCAAUGCUGCCUGUGCCACCCACCACGGUGGGUCCAGCCAUCAGCCUGGACCUGGAUGUGGACGACGUGGAGAUGGAGAACUAUGAGGCAUUACUGAACCUGGCAGAGAGGCUGGGUGAAGCCAAGCCCCGCGGGCUGACCAAAGCAGACAUAGAGCAUCUUCCGUCCUACAGGUUCAACCUGGAGAACCAUCUGUCUGAACAAACGCUGUGUGUCGUGUGCUUCUGUGACUUUGAGUGCAGACAGUUACUCCGGGUUCUACCGUGCAACCACGAAUUCCACGCCAAGUGUGUGGACAAAUGGUUAAAGACCAACCGCACCUGCCCCAUCUGCCGCGCCGACGCCUCCGACGUCCACCGGGAAGCAGAGUGAGGAGCCGCCGUCUCUCGUCUAGGAGAUCGGCGCACGGCCGAGCAAACCCCCCCCCCCACCCCCCCGGCCAGACACCUUCUGGGUGGGGGUGGGGAGGACGGGGGCUGAGCGGAUGGGUGGAGGAGGAGGCCGGGGAACACCCACACCUGCCACAACCUCGCCCGA